AUGGCUACUGUUGAGUUGCAACAACAGCAAAAUAAUCUUAUCAACUUUCUUUAUGAGGAGGGGUUUCUGGAUGAGCAAUAUGCUCAGCUGGAGCAGCUACAAGAUGAAAGCAAUCCUCGUUUUGUGGAAGAAGUGCUUUCCUUGUUUUUUGACGACUCUCUCAAAUUGCUCCAUAAUAUAGAGACCACACUGAAUAAAGAACCGGUGGAUUACAGAAAACUGGAUGCCCAUUUGCAUCAUUUCAAGGGUAGCAGCUCAAGUGUAGGGGCACAGAGAGUUAAAAACGUAUGCAUCACAUUUCGUGCCUUCUGUCAAGAGAAAAAGAAAAAUGGGUGCUUGCAGUGUCUGCAACAAGUGAAGCAAGAGUAUUAUCUUCUAAAGAACAAGCUCGAAGAUCUGUUUCAGAUUGAGCGACAAAUUCUGAGAGCCGGUGGGACGAUAAUCAGCAGCGCAUCAUAA